CUCCACAGCUGCCAUAGCCCAAGGAACGAACCGUCGCCCUGCUGUGACUUCCUCCCAUUCAUACGGGAAGCCCUGCUGUAUUCGGGAAAAGAAUCUUCUGCACGACACGAGACACCGCCGGCACGUGCGAUGCGGAACACCGCAGUCGAACCUUUCGUGUUGAAUUUGUGAUGGGCACUUUAUCUUGUCGAGAACGCAUGAUAAGUACCGCUACACUCUGGGUCGCUUCCUUACUGGUCCUGUUCCCCAUGAGACGGCGACUGGUGGGAGGGUUCAUGGCCGAGUACAGGACGCCCCGAUUCACAAAAGCACGAACAAGGCUGCGAUGGAACCGAAACACGUUGGGAUCCGUAAAUACUAGGAUCCCCACUGCCUCGAGCGGGACGGCACGCCAAAUCGUACGCUUGUUCGCACAGUCUCAGCAGACAGACAAAAUACACAUUCACGAUGAAGACGAGCAACAACAGAAAUGUUCCUUACCGACCGUGGCUUCCAUUUUAACAACCUCCUAUCUUGAUUUAGUUAGUGUAGAAGUACCCGAGCCCGAAGAGUCUGUCAUACAUCUCUUGUCCACGGCCCUGGAUCUGCCAUGGGAAACCGGGUAUCGAGACUUGCGCAAGAUUUUAAUGCGGCCUCAGUCCCAAAGUAUCCCGUCUUCGAACAAUUUGUUGGCCAAUCAAGUACUAACCGCCGUGCAAUUCAAAACCUAUCAGGCCUUGCUCGUCCGCCGGAAAACGAUGGAACCCAUUCAAUAUUUAACUGGCCAGUGGGAUUUUCUGGAUUACGUCUUGACUGUCCGACAUCCAUUGCUCUGUCCCCGCCCCGAGACGGAAGAACUGGUGGAGCUUGUGCGGGAAGAUCUUGCUACGCUAGCUGCCAAAAACAACAGUGACCGUUGCCGUCUACGGAUACUGGACGUGGGCUGUGGGACUGGAUGCAUUGGAGUUUCUUUGGCUGCUAAACUUCCGAAUAGCUUCGUCGAGGCAAUCGAUGUCGAACACGUGGCUGUCGCAACCGCUACGGAAAACGCCGAGCGAGUACUCGGCGCACAAUAUCAAGCUCGCUUUAACGCGCAACUUUGCGAGGCCGAAGUGUUCGACGUGGCUACGGUCCAAGAUCGUUUCGAUGCGGUCGUUAGCAACCCGCCCUAUAUACCCCGCGCUGACAUGGGAACGUUGGAAACUACGGUUGUUGACUUUGAAAGCGAGACCGCCCUCUGCGGAGGAGAGGAUGGACUGGAUGUUGUACGUAGUAUUGUGAAGAAGCUACCGUUCUGGUGUGUCGAAAAUGCCGUUUGCUGGAUGGAGGUUGAUCCGACCCAUCCAGCUUUACUUCGAAAAUGGCUGGAAAGCGAUUGCUCACUGGGCGUCGUCUUUGUACACACGUACCGGGACCUCUACGGCAACGAUCGCUUCGUGAAACUAAGGGUAACUCGAACGAAGUAAGGCUGUGGUACCUUGCUCCAUUCAACUAUGACAGUGCAGUGCAUGGAAUGGCUUGCUUUAGAAAAUCUCUGGUGUGAGUAUAGAGCAAACCAUGUUCUAUCGUCUGAUCCGAAUGGCCCCCUGUCAACUACUUUACUGCUCGAUGUGGGAUCUAUCUUGAAGGCUGGUAGUUGGAAUACGUCUAUUGAUUAAAUAGCUGCUUACUGUUAAAAAGAAUAGAAGCGAAAAUGGUUGUGGGAUGAUGAGGUUGCCAUUUAAAGGCCACUUCAUGGCGGCAGAAUGAGGCUCAAUUUUUUGGUGCUUGAAGGAUCUUGGUCAAGCUGCUGCUCAUCCUCUGUUCGGAGUAUUUCCAUACUGGCCUCUC